GUAAAUGAACUGUGAUUUUGAUUCAUUUGUCUUCAAUUCGUGUAGCAGUGAGGACCACUGAAACUGACUACCAGUGCAGACAAGAAUGAAAAUGAAUUGGAUCAUUUUGCUUGGGUUGGUGAUAGGCAGUUCACCGUUUGCUCAGAACUCGGGGCUGACAUCGAAAACUGUUGACACAGGAGCCAAUCGUCGUGACUUUGAACAAUUUAAGAAAACCGCAAAAGAAUAUGAACCAGCAGCAUCGGAACUUGGUAAAAUGAUGUCUGGUGUCUUGUCCAUGGUUGGCGUGGACAACGCAGUGUCCAUAUCUCUGACCAAUAACCAUCAACUAGACCUGACUGAUCCACAUUGGUACAUCGUGGAUGGCAAGUUCGAUGCGCCACCUCCUGAUGUUCUUCGAAACAACGAAACAAUGGUCAUCACCUUUGAGAGACAUCCAAGUACAUUUUGGGGACUGAAGGGAACAGAAGGUGUUCUCACCUACAACAUAGGAAACAGCUAUCUAUUGAUCGUUUGGAGUGCUGUUUGGAGAAGUACGAAUAGGCUUCUGGUAAAGAUUAUAAAUCAAGAUCCCAACCCUGGUAGAAACUUGGAGGCUUCGACCUUGUUCAAAACAUACAAAAAAGAAGCUUGGGAAGCAGGCGAUUAUGGGAAAUGGCACUUUGGAACCAACACAAUGAUCAACUGCAAAUUUAUUGCAGCAAUGGGUAAUGGCGACAAGGCUCCCCUUCAAGUCUUUCUGUCCUAAUAAGCUGGCAAUGAUAUAUGGUAACAUCACCCUCAGAAAUGGCUUCUUCUAAGGCGCUUCGUAUUAUAGAUCUACUCAUUUCAAUAAAGUUACUCAUGUGAAAAGCUGCAAGGCUGUGACCUGCAAGAAUUAUGGGUAGUUACAUUUUUUACGUUUCAACCGCUUGAUAACUGUUGAUAGACUUGAGAUCUUUUACCAGCUACAGUUUCACCUCCUGUGAAAAUCUCCAAGCUGCAGUGUGUAUCAAAAGAUUUACUUGAUGGAUAUGAAAUGUUUUCCAUGAUCCUCUGCUGUCUCGGCUUCGUAGGUUUUUGUGACUAACUUUGUUGAAAUGACUGUACGUCCCUUUUGAGUUCAACGAACCUGUUCAGGUCAUGCUGAGAUACUAUUGUUAUACCAUAAAGAACGUGUGUGUGUGUUUGACUCAUAAGGGUUCAUGAUUCGUAAACAUUAAUUUGAUAGUUAUAUUGAAGAAAAAUAAAAUUGAAUUAUUUCA